AUGCUUCGCACAACAGCUACACGCUCUCUCUUGAAGAGCUUCACAAAAUUUCCCACCUCUCGAGCAAGCUAUUCUCAAGCUUCCGCGGCUCUCAAAAAUACUUCUUCUUUCCGCACAUCAAUUUCCAAACGCCCUGCAACCCUCUCCUCCCGUCUCUUCUAUGCCACCAAGUCCGAACCUCCCUACGUCCCAGACCAAAUAAACUUCAAAGAAGAAGACAGGAUCGGAAAACAAACAAUCGAAGCACAUCCCGAGUCUGUAUCAUCACAUUCCUCCGUUCGUCCCGUAUUCGAAGAAAAUCCACAUCACGAAGGUCAUGGAUCUGUAAAAGAUGAUUUGGAGACUAUCAAGGAAACAUUUGCUCUACGAGAAGUACCCAAGGAAUCUCUGAUAAUUGGUGCUGCGGGUGUUUUACCUUACGCUGCUACAUCGGCUUCUACAGUGUAUUUGGCUUAUGACAUCAAUCAAGCUCAUGCUACUGGACAAGGUAUCUUAUUUUCACCCGAAUUGGCUCAUCAAUUGUUGGAAUAUAUCACACCUAUUCAAGUUGGAUAUGGUGCUGUUAUUAUUUCUUUCCUCGGCGCAAUUCACUGGGGUCUUGAAUACGCAGGUUAUGGCGGACAUCAUAGUUACCGUCGAUACAUGAUCGGAGUUGUUGCUCCCGCAGUCGCAUGGCCUACUAUCCUUAUGCCAGUAGAAUACGCUUUGAUUACCCAAUUCACCGCUUUCACAUUCCUCUAUUUCGCAGAUGCCCGAGCAACAGUUCGAGGAUGGUGCCCUCCUUGGUAUAGCACAUAUCGAUUUGUCUUGACAUUUAUUGUCGGAGCGGCGAUUGUGGCAAGUUUGGUCGGUAGGGGAAGAAUCGUCAGCCAUGAUAGACAAUUGAGAAGUGCAGUUGACUAUAUCAAGGAGGAUAGAGAUGGUCAGUGGAUUGCAUUGGAGCAGGAAGAAAAGAUGAGAAGGGCAAAGUUGGCUGAAGAGGAGAAGGCAGACGAGGAGGAAGAGGCACAAGAUGAAUCUGGAGACGAGGAGGAAAGUGAUAAUGAAGAUGAGAAGAAGGAUGAGAAGAAAUAA